AUGGCUUCUAACACCGGCAAGAAAGUUGUGGAAGAGGUUUCCGGCUUCUUACGGGUGUACGACGACGGCACAGUAGACCGUACAUGGACUGGGCCGCCACAGGCCCAGAUUCUUUUGAAUCCAGUCCCACCACAUCAAGAAUUCAUCCACGGCGUUGCCACCAAAGACCUCAUCAUAAACCCAGAAACUGGCUUAAAGGCGCGCAUAUACCUUCCCGAAACAACAGCAGAACAACGGACAAAUAAGCUUCCCCUCCUUCUCCAUUUUCAUGGCGGGGGAUACUGUAUAACCCAACCCGACUGGUUCAUGUACUAUCACUUCUAUACCAACCUCGUGCGCAAGGCACGUGCUCCGUGCGUGUCACUGUACUUGCCCUUAGCUCCAGAACACAAGCUUCCGGCGGCAAGCGAUGCAGCACUUGCGUCACUCAUGUGGAUCCGUUCUUUGGCUCUAGCCGAGUCGUGUGAGCCAUGGCUGACGACGGAUAUUCUUGAUUUCAAGCGAGUUUUUCUUAUUGGCGACAGUGCCGGUGGAAACAUUGUUCAUGACGUGGCAGCUCGAGCAGGGUGUACGGACAUCGAGCCAGUGAGGUUGGUCGGUGGGUUGAUCUUGUGCCCUGGCUUUCUACGUUCAGGGCCUAUUAAGUCUUACAUGGAAAGCGAAGAGUCAACGAUGUUGACUAGAGAUAUGGUCGACAAGCUGAUGGAUUUGGCGGUGCCGGAGCCAAGUGCAACCACCAAGGAUCACCCGAUUAUAAGCCCGAUGGGUCCCCAAGCACCGCUGCUGGCGGGGCUGAGGCUGCCGGCGAUGUUUGUUGCCGUUGGCGAGAAGGAUUUGAUGCGUGACACGCAGUUGGAGUAUUGUGAGGCCAUGAAAGAUGCGGGGAAGGAGGUGGAGGUUGUGGUGUUUGAUUCGAUGCCGCAUUGCUUCUAUUUGGAUAAGAUUGGCAUGGAGUUGGAUGCGAGCAUGGCUGCGGACACUGAAAGGCUAAUUGAAAGGGUCGUUGACUUCAUUAGGAGUCACUAA